GCUGUUCUGUGUGCUAGUCCCGUGCAUUCCCAUGAAGUGCAAUGUCUCGCUCUCAAAGAAGUGUGGUCAAUGACAGAAAUCCACCUUCCCAACGAUCGUAUGACAGACCAACAAGAGACCGGCCCAGCCCCAAUGGGCAACCAAAUGGAGAAAGGAGAGACAGAAGAUCCCAUGACAGAUUGUCUUCACAGGCACCAGUAAGAGGUCAGCAUUCACGACCACCCACUGUCAUAUCUGACCAUCAUUCAAGACACAGUAAAGGAUCUUUUGUACAACAGAGUCCUCCCAGUAGCAGACACAUCAAAGAGAAGCAGACCUUCUCAGAAAAGUGCACCAAUCUAUGCUCAAGGCGAGGGGUCCUGCAAUUUGUGGAAAUAACAGCAGGGGUCUUGGUGCUGAUCUGCGUGGUUGCUUCAUAUGCAGUUCUAAGCGGCUACACUUCUGCAGCUGGUUUUGGCUCAUUUUCCAUUAAUUCGGCUUACAGUCCAUUUGAAGGCACAGAACUGCAGCAAGUGAGAGAUGUGGAUCGGCAGUAUAGUCAACUCAGAGCACCUGGAGUAUAUGCAGGAGUUGCCUUCAGCUUGUCCUUUUGUGCCUUAACAAUAGUCUUCCUGAUUCUUGGAUCCAAACCCAUUCACAGGGUCUCCAUAAAAUUACUUUUUGUAGAAAUUAUAUUUGAUGUUAUGGGUUGUUUGGGAUACAUUGUUGCAGUUGGUUUAUACCUGUACUUCAUCAAAAAAGUAAAUGCUACCGACGUUUGUAAAACUAGGGAGCGCCUGUACGCAGGCCGUGGUUAUACCUGGAUGAACUGUGAAGUGCAAGGAGGGGACGCUGCUGUGGCAAUAUUUGGGCUUAUUGCUGCAUGUGUGUAUCUUCCAAGUGCCAUCUUGUGUGCACUGUAUAUCAGAACAGUACGUGAAUUCAGAAAGAACUACUUGUCCCAUGAAUAUGUACCUACCUCACCCAAUAACAACCAACAAAGACUGCACAGAUCCAGAGAGGACAGCCUUAACUUCCUCCCCAGUACAUUAGUAUAG